AUGGAAAUGGAAAGGUGUAGUAGGGACAAGAUAAUAGGAAACGGGGGGAAGAAUUUCGUAAAUGCGAUACAGGAAAGAGGAUGGUAUAUGCUGAACGGAAAAACUGAGGGGGAUUGGGAAGGAGAAUUUACGUAUGUAGGUGCUAGAGGUAGUUCGGUUAUUGACUAUGUAAUUGUUAACGAACUAAUAAAACAGAAAAUUGUAAAAUUUAGUAUAGGCGAGAGGGUGGACUCGGACCACAUGCCGCUGGUAGUGGAAAUGAAGGAACCUGGGGGCAAGGAAGAAGAAGAAGAAGAUGAGGCAGAAGAAGCAGAGGAGGAAGAACAAGACAGAGAAAGGAAGAUAAUAUUAUGGGAUGGAGAUGCUAAGCUAAAAUAUACGGAGAAUAUUGAGAAAAUGGCAAAGACAGAGAUAGUGGAGGACGCGACAGUAGAUGAACAAUGGAAAUGGGGUAAGGAAAUUGUGGAUAAGGCAAUGGUAUAUAAAGUAGUAGGAAAAAGAAAGAAAAGGAAAAUAGGAUAUAAAGAUUGGUGGGACAGAAGCUGCACGAGGAAGAAGAGGGAACUCAAGAGGUGGUAUAGAAAAUGGCGAACUGGAAGAUGUACAAGGGAAGAAGUAACUAAAAGAAGAAGAGAACUGAUUGUGAGAGAGUGGUUAGGUGAUAAAAAAAGAGAAAGAAGAGAAAAAGAAGAGGAUGAAUUAAGAGAGCUGAAAAGCGAAAAAGAUAUAUGGAAGUUUAUUAAUAUGAGAAGAGAAAAGAGGAAAUGGACGGAAAAUAACAUACAUGCGGGGACAUGGAGAGAGUACUUCAAAGAACUUCUUGGAGCGGAAGAGGAAACAAAAAAUGAAGAGAAAAGGAUAGAUAGGACAGAGGAAGCCAAAAAGAACAGGAGAAGAGGAGAAGGGUAUGAGGAGACAGAAGAGAUGGAACUAAAGGAUGACGAAAUAAUAGAAGCAGCUAACAAGAUGAGACUAGGGAAGGCGGUAGGAACGGAAUACCUGCAGAGGCUUGGCGUUUUGGAGGACAACCAAUCGGCAGGUUUCUGA